AUGGCUUCGAAAAAGACGAAACAACGACUGAUGCCAGCUACGGGACCGUCGGUGUUCGAAGUGUACACCUACGUCGACACGAACAAGAGCAUCGACGAGCUGUUUCAAGCAGGACGCGUUAGUGAUGGGAAAUUGUACGAAAGGAAGCCAAAUAGGAAAUUCCCCAUGGCCUACUAUGCCCCAAAGCCACGUCCACGUGGCAGUUCGGCCGGACAUUCACCUCAAGGCAGCAGUGACGACGGUAUGAGCAACGCAGGACGAAAUGUUCUCAGUCCGAGUGGAAGUCAGCAGGUUUCCACGCCCUUUCAUAAAAAGCAGGCAAGUGCACCGGAACUCGACACUCAUCAUCUCGACAUGUACAAUAGACCAGUACCCGUUCCUCAAGUGAUCACACAUCAUCAUUCCAAAUCCGUCUCCGCUAUCCCUCCGAUGCCAGAUCCGGCCUUCACAGUUCCUCAACACAAUCGAUCCGUUUCGCAUGAGGCAAAUUACAACGCGUCAUUCGGAACUCAGCCAUCAUUCCAAGAACCCGCCCCUUCAUCACUCUUCGAUCCGCGCGGGAAGAGUCAUUCACUUGAUCCACUGAUUGUUGGCAUGCAUGAUCCGGGUUCUCAGAUGGCAGACAAAAUGAGUUCACUUGGUCCAUUACCGCCAAAUUGGGAAAUGAAACUGGACGAGCUGGGAAAUCGCUAUUUCGUUGAUCAUAACACACAAACCACUACCUGGUACGAUCCACGAAUCCCUGAACAUUUGCAAGAAGAGGAAAUUCGCCAAAGACAUGCAUGCCAACAGCAACAACAACAACAGCAAUAUCAUCAACACAAUGUGAUGCAGCAACAACCACAACAACCCUAUUUCCCUCCUCAACAGCAAAUUAUGCAUCAACCACAACAUGCUUUUGCACAGAUGCCACCAACUCAGGAUUUCAACUCUUCAACCUAUCAGCGAGUACAAGAGCUGCAAAAUGAGCGCUCAGUGAUGUUGGAGAAGCAGGAACAGCUACUACGAUCGGGACUACUGGACCAGAGCCCACAGCAGUAUCACAACGCUAUGUCUCCUAUGCAGACGACCACUUUGAUGUAUCCCGCAUAUCCUCCAAUUAACCAGACCGGCCACGCCCACCUCGCCCCACAAUUCGCUCACGAUCGAACGAUGUCAACAGAUAGCGGAGCGGUUCCAGACUCUAACAUGGACGUCGACUACACUUCUUCGCUUGGAUUCGACCCAGUUGCUAUUGCGGACAUAAAUCCACAUGAAUUCGACAAAUAUCUUCAACUUUCCUCACAUCGAGGCUCGGCGACCGUCGGUAGAUAUCAAUGA